AUGUCAUCAGCUCCUGAAGUUGAUCUCUCUAGCGUGAAUGAGAAGCUUAUCGUCCCGGAGGGUAUGUCCAAGAAGCAAGCUAAGAAGUUGGCCAAGAAGGCCGCUAAGAAGGGCGGCAACAACAACAAUAAACAAGAAUUCGAUAAUGUUAUUUCUUUCGACCCUCCUAGUGGAACUCGGGACUUCUUCCCGGAAGAUAUGCGUGUGCGAAAUUGGCUCUUCGCCCAGUGGCGUUCCGUCUCGACGCAGUAUGGCUUUUCAGAGUACGAUGCACCCGUGUUGGAAAAUGAGGAUUUGUAUAAGAGAAAAGCUGGCGAGGAAAUUGUCGAGCAAAUGUACAACUUCGUUGAUAAGGAGGAUCAUAGAGUUACCCUACGACCAGAGAUGACACCAACACUGGCGAGGAUGGUAUUAUCGAGGGUUCUUCCGCUAAAGUGGUUUUCUAUACCGCAAUGUUGGAGAUUCGAAACGACACAGCGCGGUCGUAAGCGUGAACAUUAUCAAUGGAACUGUGAUAUCGUUGGUGUUGCUGAUAUCACCGCUGAGUUGGAGCUCUUGGCCACGAUGGUGGGAUUUUUCAAGAGGGUCGGCCUCACUAGUGCUGAUGUUGGAAUCAAGGUAAACUCCCGAGCGAUUUUACAGUCGGUUUUGAAAGCCUCCGGUGUUGGCGCUGAUGAAUUCGCGAAGGUCUGUGUUGUUGUUGACAAAAUUGAUAAAGUUGGUCGAGAAGAGGUCAUCAGGCAGAUGGUUGAGGAUAUAAAACUUGACGUUGCUGUUGCUGAGCGUGUUGUUGAUGCUACUGCUGCUGGAUCUAUUGAGGAGUUCAAAGCGAUUGCUGGGGAAAGCUGUGCUGAAGAUGUUGAUGAUGUCGAGAGGCUCUUCCAAUUCGCUGAGAACUACGGCAUAGCCGAUUGGCUCGUCUUUGAUGCAUCGGUGGUUCGCGGUCUGGCCUAUUAUACAGGCAUUGUGUGGGAGGCAUUUGAUCGUAGAGGAGAACUACGGGCCAUAGCAGGUGGUGGACGCUACGACAGGCUUUUAUCGCUGUAUGGCGCGCCCUCGGAGAUACCAUGUGUUGGUUUCGGUUUCGGCGACUGUGUUAUCUACGAACUUCUAUUGGAGCGUGGCCUACUCCCUGAGAUACCACACCGGGUUGAUUUCGUCGUAGCUGCUUAUAAGGGGAUGUAUGGACAGGCGUUAGAGGUGGCCGCCGGUCUGAGGUCGGGUGGUGCCACUGUUGAUGUUAUGCUUGAGGCGGGUAAACGUGUUGACAAGCAGUUCAGGUAUGCGGAUCGUGUUGGUGCCGAUAAGAUAGCAUUCGUGGCACCAAGUGAAUGGGAGUCGGGUAAGGUCCGUAUUAAGGAUCUCCGUACAGGUGACUCGGAGGCCCGCGUACAAAUAGAUAUACCGGUAUGUGACCUUGCUAACGCUAAGUCAUAUUUCGACAAGCAGGCUGAGUAA